AUGAAUUCUCCACCACAUAGAAGUAAUAUUUUAAAUCCAAAUUUUGUGGAUUGUGGUUUUGGACGUUCUGGUAGUUAUUGGACUCAAGACUUUGGUCGUACAUUUGAAGAAGAUUCGGACCAAAGUUCUGACUGGGAUCAAAGUUCUGACUCGGAUCAAAGUUCUGAUUCGGAUCAAAGUUCUGAUUCGGAUCAAAGUUCUGACUCGGAUCCUGUUCAAAGUUCUGACUCGGAUCAAAGUUCUGAUUCGGAUCAAAGUUCUGAUUCGGAUCAAAGUUCUGAUUCGGAUCAAAGUUCUGACUCGGAUCCUGAUCAAAGUUCUGACUCGGAUCCUGAUCAAAGUUUCGAAUAG